GCGAUCAAAACGGUGAGCGAGAAAGACUUGCAGAAUUUGGCAAACAUUAGCGGGCCGAACGUGACGAUUGAGGAUUGGAUGGUUGGACUAGGGAGGUGUGGCAAGGAAUGUCUGAAAGACAUUCAAACCUUUGCACCGAAGUCAGACAGCCCUGUCGACCGCGUGCCGCCGCUCAUGCUGUCACGGUGCAUGCGUGGCGGCAAGACCACUUUCUUGGUGUAUCUGUUCGAGUUGGUGAAAGCAGAGCCCGGAUACCUUCCAAUUUUCAUAAGUUUCAACGGAUUUUUUGGGAUCCAGCGAAAGAGAGGCGAAAGCCGGUUGCAGACAAUUCUGCGAGCCAUCGCAGUCACUUUGCUGCCAGCUACUCCCACUGACACUCAGAGCGUUUCUUGUGACGAGGACACAUUAUGUGAUCAUCUCGAAAGACAAAACGGCAUCAUUGUACUGAUGAUUGACGAGCUCAACCUCCUGGUGCCAAAAGGAACAACAGACAACGAAGUGGCAUCGUUUCUCCGAAGGGUCUUCCUAAGUCGAGAAAACAGGUACCUCGUGUUUACCACCCACGAGCCGUUUGAUGGAUCUCAAAUUGCAGAAUACACAGGAGGCAAGUAUUCCUGCGUUGCUCCGCAGUUGGAAGCAGCAGUACAGCUUCCAAGCCAGGGCGACGCGAAAUGGAUUUUGUGCUAUGCGGCACAGAUGUGCUCGUAUCUGAAUCAGCUGGAGCUUGCAGAUUGGAUCAACAGGCUUCAGACGGAUGCAUCCGACCCUCUGUCUGGCAAAGGCUGGGAAGUGCUAGUUGUAUUGGCUGUGGCAUUCCGCUGCUUAGAAGCAAUGGCCCGUGGUCACGCAGGACAUCCUCUGCUUGGCCUUCCACCUAAGCCAAACAUCCAAGAAUGCUAUUUCUGGGAUGUGCCCCCCGAAGUCUCAACGCUUGACGAAGCACUGGAGUGGUGGGCACGGCAAGACAUUCCUCCGACCUUCCCCUUUGUGGCAGUCCUGAAUCCACUAUGCUCAACAUUUGAGAUGUUCGACUGCAUCCUCCUUUAUCAGAGACAGGAACUGGGUGUGCGGCAUGUCCGAGGUUUCCAACAAAAGGCUGGGCGCACCUACCCCGACAAAGCUGCCCGCCAAGACGUAGACUCUGUGUGGAUGCAAGGCAAGGCCGCUGAGAAUAGGCGCAGCGAACAAGCCCUAAAUUGGACCUUGCCCAGUGCGGGCGAAAUUCGUGAAUUUCUGGGCGCAUCUUUGCGGGAUCUCUUUCCGAAAGAACUUGACACAUGA